AAAACCCUCUCCACUGUGAACAUUGUACCCAAGUACUGCUUCAGUAGAACUGACGGCCAGACCACAACAACACUACUGCCGCAACACUCGAAUUAUUAACCGUUCAACAUGGCUGGGAACUUAACAGACAUCGAGUUCUUCAUAUUAACACCUGAUGAUUUUCAAGAAACCCUGAGAUUCUUCGAUGAACAGUUCCUUAAGAGGAACCCUCUCUGCAUAGCCUCCAAAGAGACGUGCAAGGAAGCAUUUGGUGAACACCUGAACGUAGCUCUCAAGGAGGCCUUAGAGUCAGGUUUCUCAAUGGGGGCGAGAGACAAGACGACCAAGGCUCUCGUUGGCAUCCGACUCACUAAAAUCACCAGUGUGGACAAUGUCUCGAAACAAACUGCAAGUGAUGAGGCGAAACUGACUGAAAAUAACUUGUACCGUGUACUGGCGAUGCUCUCUCCAGAUGAAGAUGUGUUUCGAGGCGUCUCCAGUUUCCUUUACAUGUUCGCGCUAGCUGUCCAUCGUGACUACUGUGGGCACGGUCUCGCAAGCAGGCUGGUGAAGGUAAUUAGUCUUUAGAAAUCAAGUUUAGAA